AGAUCAAAGAAAGUUGAGGAGAGUCUAAAAGGAAAUGGAGGUGGACACAGAUCCUAUUGUCCCCCCAACCGAGAGUUUGUUGUCCAAGCCAAAUGAGAAGGGUGAAGGAUUGAGGCAGUAUUAUGUCACUAAGACUGAAGAACUUCAUCUUACUGUUGCUGAGAAGAGCCAAAAUUUGCGACGUCUACAGGCUCAGAGAAAUGAACUCAAUGCUAAAGUAAGGAUGCUUCGAGAGGAGUUGCAGCUUCUCCAGGAACAAGGGUCUUAUGUUGGAGAGGUGGUGAAGCCAAUGGACAAGAAGAAGGUCCUGGUCAAAGUCCACCCAGAGGGGAAAUUUGUUGUGGAUGUUGACAAGAAUAUUGAUAUAACCUCUGUGACUCCCAAUUGCAGAGUUGCACUUAGGAAUGAUAGCUAUACUCUCCAUAAAAUCCUCCCUAACAAGGUGGACCCCUUGGUGUCUCUCAUGAUGGUUGAGAAGGUGCCUGACAGUACAUAUGAGAUGGUUGGAGGACUGGAUAAACAGAUCAAGGAAAUCAAGGAGGUUAUUGAACUCCCUGUAAAGCAUCCAGAGCUCUUUGAUGCAUUAGGUAUUGCACAGCCAAAGGGAGUGCUUCUCUAUGGGCCACCUGGCACUGGGAAAACCCUGCUGGCAAGGGCUGUAGCCCAUCACACUGAAUGUACUUUCAUCCGUGUGUCGGGAUCUGAAUUGGUUCAGAAGUUCAUUGGAGAGGGGUCUCGAAUGGUGCGAGAGCUCUUUGUCAUGGCUCGUGAGCAUGCACCUUCAAUUAUCUUCAUGGAUGAGAUUGACUCUAUUGGCUCAUCUCGCCUCGAAUCCGGUAGUGGAGGAGAUUCAGAGGUUCAGCGCACAAUGUUAGAACUCCUCAAUCAGCUAGAUGGAUUUGAAGCUACUAAAAACAUAAAAGUGAUCAUGGCUACAAACCGAAUUGACAUCUUGGACCAGGCUCUCCUUCGACCUGGUCGUAUAGAUAGGAAGAUUGAAUUCCCACCACCCAAUGAGGAAGCUAGACUGGACAUUCUCAAAAUCCACUCCCGCAAAAUGAACCUAACAAGGGGAAUCAAUUUGCGUAAGAUUGCAGAAAUGAUGCCUGGAGCUUCUGGUGCAGAGGUCAAGGGGGUGUGUACAGAGGCUGGAAUGUAUGCUUUGAGAGAACGUCGAGUUCAUGUGACACAAGAAGACUUUGACAUGGCAGUGGCCAAGGUCAUGCAAAAAGACUCAGAGAAGAACAUGAGCAUCAAGAAACUCUGGAAGUAAGAAGGGAGUCCAACAAACAUUUCAUGUAUCUUUCUCAUUCACAUGGCAAAACCUGAUUGAAAAAUGAAAUAAAGUGAUAAAUAGGAAAAGCAGAAG